CCCAGCUGACUUUUAGACAUGCUGAAGGAAAGGGUCUUCACCUGGGCAGGGUCUUUUUAACUUGUAGGUAUGAUUUUUUAUGAUUAUAAUGAUCAUAGUUCAGCUAUGGGGUACACAAACUUUGAGUACUCUGCCGAGUUAGCAAUGUGUACACAGAUAUAAAUCAACAUCUUGAUUUGCUACAUCCUUAAACCUUCUCAGUUCCCGGAUGUCGUUGACUAAGGGAAGCUGAUUUGGGCUCGAAAGCAUACAUCAAAGAACACCCUGAUUUAAAAUAACCCUGACAUAUUCCACAUUUUGCAACCAGGUGACACGGAAACACCGCGGGCAGAGCCAGAGUUCCGGCACUCAGGAGAACGGGCUCCGCGCCUCAGGAGGGGCGCCCCUGCUCCCCGCGCUGCCACAAAAUGGCGGGCGCCGCCUGAGGGCAGCGGCGGCGGGAACGGCGGCGGCCCCGCCUGAGGGAAGGGACGCGGGGCCCCGGUGGCCGCUGCAGCGGCGCCUGUCCCGCCUCCCGCUCUCCACGCCGGCUCUGUAUCGACACCGGCUCCGCGGUCCGGCCCCUCCGCCGCCGCCUCCUGGGGUGGGUAACCAACCAAAGAAGUUAUGAAUAUCAUCUGUGGUCUAAAGCUGUCGGGCAGGAACUGUAUUUUAUCUCAUUUGGCUUCUUUGUGCAAGCAGGGCAAGUGCAAUAAUCUCUCUAGGUCUUACACAGGAUGGUGCCGAAGUCAGGGUGCGAGAAAUAGAUGCCAAAGGUUGGAUUUGAGUGGAAAUACUAGAAACUUUUUUUUGACUGGAAACCCUGACUCCUAUAGAAACUUGAUAGGUAAAGGACUGAGACGUCUUUUGGAUGUCCCACAUACGAGUGGACAGCAAGUGUACAGGAAUGCAAACCAUAGUUCAGGAAGGUUUUUCUCCCGGUCUUCUCAGCCACUGGGGGAGAAGAUCCCAUCCCUCCUGAUCAGUUGUGUAGGACAACCCCCAUGUCACUUCGCUGCUUGGAACAUUCAGAUCAACAGAUCUUUUCGCACAUCACCAUCACUUCAGGCUGCACCAGUUCCUCUUUUCUGGAUUAUUGUGAAGCCAGCUCAGAAAUUAUUUGCCAUCAUUCUUGGCAGGAGCAUAAGAAAUUGGUGGAAGGCACUUCCUCCUAAUAAACGGGAACUCUUCAAAGAAAGUGCAAGAAGAAACAAAUGGAAGAUCCUGCUGGGUGUCAGCAGCUUGGGAGUUGUAUUUAUCAUGUUUUAUUUUACCCACUUGGAGGAGACACCCAUCACUGGGCGUGCUCGACUGUUGGUGUUUGGCAAAGAGCAUUUUAGGGAGCUGUCGCAGAUGGAAUAUGAUAUGUGGAUGGAGCAGUUCAAAAAUCAGAUGUUACCUGAGACAGACGCACGCUACCAGGUUGUGGAGAGAGUUGUUGGGCAUUUGUCUGAAAGCAACAAGGACAUCCCCCAAGUCUCAGCUCUCAAGUGGGUUAUCCACGUGGUGGAUGAACCAGGUGUAAAUGCUUUUGUGCUUCCAAAUGGUCAAGUGUUUGUUUUUACUGGGUUACUGGAUGCAGUUUCUGAUAUUCAUCAGCUGUCAUUUAUUUUAGGACAUGAAAUAGCUCAUGCUGUGCUGGAACAUGCAGCAGAGAAAGCCAGCCUGGUUCACUUCUUGGAUUUUCUCUCACUCAUCUUUCUCACCAUGAUUUGGGCCAUCUGUCCUCGAGAUAGUUUGGCAGUUGUUGGCCAGUGGAUUCAGAGCAAGUUGCAGGAGUUCAUGUUUGAUAGACCCUACAGCAGAACCCUGGAGGCUGAAGCUGAUAAAGUGGGACUUCAGUUUGCAGCAAAGGCUUGUGUGGAUGUCAGAGCCAGCAGCGUCUUCUGGCAGCAGAUGGAAUUGGCAGAAACCAUCCAGGGGCAGCCCAAGCUGCCAGAGUGGCUCUCCACACACCCUUCCCAUGAGAACAGAGCUGAGCACUUGGACCGCCUCAUCCCAGAGGCUCUUAAAAUAAGAGAGAGCUGCAAUUGCCCAUCUCUUUCUGGACCAGAUCCUCGCCUUAUUUUCAGACUUAACAUGCAACAUCUCCUGGAAUCAUCUAAAGGUCGAGGAUCCCCAAAUUCUACAAAGCAAGAUCCCUCAAAACCAAAACUGGACUUUCCUCACACUCAAAAAGUGGAAGAUAUGCCAGUGACUUUUGCAGUUAAACCCACGAACUGAUGACAUUAAUUUUCACUUUUUAUGGAACUGGUGGUCCCUGAAGGUCUAUCUUAUAACACAAAAUUGUCUUUGAACCAUGAAGAAGAUGUAGCCACUCAGAUUCUCCAUUUCUUUUAUGUGAUCUCUCAAAGCAAUAAGGAACCAUGCCCACACAAGAAGAGCAGUGUGUUGGAGCAGCGAGUUUCUUAUUCAUUAAGAGUUACUAAAAUAAAUCACUUCUCAGGGGAAAGAUAAUCUCAUACAAUCCAGUCACACAGUAUAAUUUUCAGCUUUAUCAGGCUCACCUUGAUCAGAGGACAGAUGAGCCAGAAGCGUCCCUAAAGCAGAGGGAAAAGUAUAAUUUUCAUCACUUAAGUUGUCUGGUUUAUCUUGCCAUAAUUUGGGUUAGAUCUACUCAGCUUCAUUUGAGAAAUAAUGAGAAGAGCUUACUGCCUGCUCCACAUACAGGGUGUUUAAAAAUAUUAAGCUGAGAAGCGAUAAUAGCUAUGGGCUAGAUACACCCUCACUUAAUUAGGUGGAUUUACUGCUGGGAUUUUGCUUCUUUCUGAGGCAUUUUAGAAUGUGGAUUGAUUCAACAUUUUUCUUCAAAGUAGCCUGAAAAGGUUGCACCAAGUUCAGUUUAAAAAAAGGAGUGAAACAAUUUUCAGGGGAGUCUUUCUUCUGGAAGAAGCACUGAAAAAAUCAUGGUAGCACCAAAUGCUUUACAAAGAUGCCUCUUGUCUUUUUUAAAUGAUCAGGGUGCCUCAUUAGAGGGCAGUUUUUCUGCCACAACAUUCGAUUUGGAUAGAAAUGAUUGCUGAUGUGGAGUAUAUUACAUAGGAGACAAAUAUAAGGUUUCUUGACUGCACAGCUUUUGCAGAUGACUUUAUCAUGAAAGGUGACUUCUCAUCAGGAAACUGGCAUCUAAAGCUGAGCUUCCCUCCCUCCCUCCCCUUGAAAGCCACACAUUUUAUACCCUGGAGAAAAAUAUGGACAAUGUAGGUAAAGCUCUGCCUUUCAGGAUGGGUGACCCACUGUACCCAGCGUGUUAAUCUCUGUUUGCACAUGUUUGAAUUGUCCUUGUUUUGCCGUUGAUGGAAAUAAUGAAAUGUUGAUCUUGCAGGAAGAUGUAGAAAGAGAUGGCAGUAAUUAAAAUAAAAAAGGGAAAUCCUGUUCCUUCAUCUGUUAAGAUGUA